AUGUCGGACCCCGCGAAGCCAAAGUCACCGAACGGCGCGGAGGAGAACAGCGGCAACGCCGCGUCCAAGAACGCCGAAAAAAAGCAGGCAAAGCAGAAUGAGAAAGAGGCCCGAAAGGCGGCCCGCUUAGCGGAGGAGGCCGCGCGUGCGGCGGAAAAGGCAGCCCUUUUGGCGAAGUACGCCGACGUCUUUGGGACUGCCCCGUUGCUGCAGUCCACCACUUACGGCUCCAAGAGGUUUAGUGAAAUUUCUGCGCUGAGCAAAGCGUCUGUGGGCACCGUCGUGACACUUCGCGCCCGCGUUGACACGACGCGCAAGAAAGGCAAGCUCGCCUUCAUGGUUCUGCGCGAGGGUGGACACUCCAUUCAGGCCACGGCGGCCGUCGCAGAGGAGGUGCCAAAGGAAAUGGUUGACUUUAUCGGGCAGAUUCCGUGCGAGUCGAUCGUGGACGUGGAGGCAACGGUGUGUGGGGUGGAGGAGCCCAUCACCUCCACCACGCAGCAUGACAUCGAGCUGAAGGUGCACAAGGUGCACGUGCUGAGCGAGGCGUUGCGUGUGCUGCCGUUUACCCUCGAAGACGCGUCGCGCCGUGAGAGUGAAGAGGGGAUUAAGAUUAACUUCGACACCCGGCUCGCCUGCCGCUGGCUGGACCUCCGCACCCCGGCCUCAAACGCCAUCUUUAAGAUGCAGUCCCGGGUGGGGCAGUACUUCCGUCAGUUCCUCCUCGACCACGACUUUGUGGAGAUCCACUCCCCGAAGAUCAUCGCCGCCGCGAGUGAGGGGGGCGCCAACGUGUUCAAGGUGGACUACUUCGGCCGCAACGCCUACCUGGCGCAGUCCCCGCAGCUGUACAAGCAGAUGGCGCUGCAAGGCGAUUUCGGGCGCGUCUUCGAGGUGGCACCCGUCUUCCGCGCGGAGAACAGCAACACCCACCGCCACCUGACCGAGUUCGUAGGCUUAGACGUUGAGAUGCGCAUUAACGAGCAUUACUACGAGGUGCUAGACACCGCGGAGGAGCUCUUCUCCUACAUGUUUGCAAACCUUGCCACGCACACGGCGGAGCUUGAGGCGAUUUGCCAGCAGUACCCGUUUGCCCCACUGCUGUGGCAGCUGACGCCGGAGACGAUCAAGGCGCUCGGCGUCGGCGUCAUUGAGGACGGCGUGGAGCCAACCGACGUCUACAAGGCACGGGUUCGCAACACGGAGAUGCGCAUGCUGCGCAUCAACUACCCGCAUUGCAUUGAGCUCCUGAACACCGUCCUGGAGGAGAAGUUGUCCCCGACCGACGACAUCAACACCACCAAUGAGAAGCUGCUUGGCAGGCUGGUGAGGGAGCGCUACGGCGUGGACUUCUUCAUCUCCGACCGCUUCCCCUCGGCGGCGCGCCCCUUCUACACGAUGCAGUGCCCCGACGACGAACGCUUCACCAACUCGUACGACAUGUUUAUCCGCGGUGAGGAGAUAUCGAGCGGGGCGCAGCGUAUCCACGACUCCGCCCUGCUGCUGCAGCGUGCCAAGGCCCUCAACGUCGAUCUUUCGCCCAUCAGCGACUACGUGGACUCGUUUCGCCUCGGCGCAUGGCCCCACGGCGGCUUUGGCGUCGGUCUCGAGCGGGUGGUGAUGCUCUACCUCGGCCUCCACAACGUGCGCCUCGUCUCGCUCUUCCCGCGCGACCCGCAGCGCGUGACGCCGUGA